AUUAUUGAUUGUUUUUCUUAUGUGUAGAUUUACUGAUUAUUUUUCUCAUUUACUUUAGUUAAGAGAAGUUGCUUUUAAUUUCUGCCAAAAAGAACUAGCACCACAUGUUUAUGAAAUUGAUAAAAACAAUUCAUUUCCUCAGUUUAAGGAAUUUUUUCAAAAGCUGGGAAGCUUAGGAUUUCAUGGAAUAACAGUACCUGAAAAAUAUGGAGGUUCAGGUCAGGGAUUUUUGGACCAUAUUAUCAUCCUGGAGGAAAUGUCUAGAGUUUCUUCUGCUAUUGCUCUUAGCUAUGGUGCUCAUUCCAAUUUGUGCAUUAACCAAAUUGCUAGGAAUGGAAAUGAGGCUCAGAGAGCCAAGUAUUUGCCAAAGCUGAUAAGUGGAGAGCAUGUUGGUGCAUUAGCUAUGAGUGAAGCUGGAUCUGGAUCCGAUGUGGUUUCUAUGAAAUUAAGAGCUGAGAAAUCAGGAGAUCAUUAUGUAUUAAAUGGUUCAAAAUUCUGGAUAACCAAUGGAUCAAUUGCUGAUGUUCUUGUUGUAUAUGCCAAAACUAAGUUUGAUACUGACAAACCUCAACAUGGAAUCACCACAUUUUUAAUUGAAAAAGGAAUGCCAGGAUUUAGUACUGGAAAACCACUUGAUAAAUUAGGAAUGAGAGGAUCACCUACAUGUGAAUUGAUAUUUGAAAAUUGCAAGGUCCCCGCUGAAAAUAUUAUGUCUUCAGAAGGGAAAGGGGUGUAUGUCUUAAUGAGUGGAUUAGAUUAUGAAAGAUUGGUAUUAGCAGCUGGUCCAGUUGGACUUAUGCAAGCCUGUUGUGAUAUUGUAUUCCAAUAUGUUCACGAGCGAAAGCAAUUUGGACAAAGGAUAGGUGAAUUUCAGGUUUGUUGACCUGAUUUAAGCAUUUUCAUAUUUAUUAUUUAUAUAUAUUUUUUAUGUCAACUUGAAAUUCUUAUGAAAAUUCUUUAUAGUUAGAUUUUGUUCAGUUUUUGUUAAAUGUUUAGUAAAUAGUCUCAUCUGUUUUCUCUUGCCAACCAUCAAGAGUAAAAUUUAGUGUUUAGAUAAGCUAUAGUUUUGAAAAUGAUGUGUAUUAAAAUAAUUGUCAUUGUGUAUUAAUCUAAAGAGUGAAUAGUUCAUUUAUUUAGAGAUUUUUUUAGUCCAUACAAUAUCAGAUUUUUUUAGUAGCUAGGUUACACUAAUUUUUUAUUUUCUUUUUAAAUUGUACUUAUUUUUUGAUAUUUUAAUAAAGUAUAAGAAGUUUUUAAAUACCAUUUCUUCCAUAGUAAUUGCACAUUGUAAAGCAUGCACUACAAACUGAGAGCCAUUUUUGUUAGUUGUUCAUUUUUUCAGUAUUAGGGGACAGUUUAAAGUAAGCAUCAGAUAAUGCAAAGUGAGAUCGUCUUUUUUUUUUUCUUUUGAUUUUCUUAUUUUGAACUUUUUAUAUAUGAUUCAUGGAUUUCAGGGCUUCAAGUGCUGCGCACAUUCAAAGCCAAAUCGGUAUAUUUGCGCAUUACGGUAUUACUGCGCAGAAACGGCAUUUUAUGUUAAAUU